CAAGUCAAUCGAAUUUUGAAACUCGCCGAACGAGCAUCGCAAUCGCAGCAAAUCGAAGCGGAAGCUGGAACUGAAAUUGGACUAAGGAAUAUGUCGCUGCGCAAGAAGGAGGACUAUAUACCCAUCAAGUGUGAGGGCUGGAAUGGCAAGUUUGUGUAUCCCGAUGGCGCUGUGAACAACGUGUCGAAAAUCCGUCGCCAGAAUCAAAAUGUGACCAAUACCAACAAUUUCUACGGCUUCAAUACGGAGCCAAUUGUCCUGCCCACCGCCUGGGAUGGCACCUUCGUCAAGGGCGGCGAGACGCGCAUCAAGCCCGAACGCAAUCGUUCCGAUGAUCAGGAUUACUUUGACUACAACACGGAUCCCACCAUAUUGUCGCCCGUGUGGAAUGGUGAAUUUGUCACCGAUCCAAACGAUGUGCGCAUCAAGCCGGAACGCAACUUCUCCGAUGCCCGGGACUAUGCCGAGGCAAGUCGCUUCAAGCUGGUCCAGCACUGAGAGAAAGUGCCAGUGAAAGUAAUUGUGUGCGUGUGCGUGUGUGUACUAACAGCUCGAGGUUCUACGGAUCUUCAACUUGAUCUUGAUCUGUUCUUGAGCAAACCCAAACUAAUUGCAAUAUAUUUCAUGUUCUCUUGAGUUUUGCAUUGAAAUUAACCCUA